AUGGCAUCUGAGGGAGUGUUACAGAAAUUGAAACAGAGAGCUGACCUAGCAGAUAGAAUUGCGCUAGAACUACGAUCUAGAAUUGACGUUCUGAAAUCAGCUGCAGCUUCAAGUGGCAGUAGUGGAGAAGAAGAGAAACUGAGAAAAGAAAAUGACAAGUUAAAAGCUGAGAUCAAUAAUAUUAAACUAGAGAUCACCUUAGCUGAAAUAAAAAAUGGAGUAAAACAGGUGUUCAUGCCGGUACAUACUCCAGCAUCCACAGUGAAUUGUGUUGACAACAAAAUACCUGAAACACCAAGCAUAACAAACAGUCAGACAGCACCUGUUAAACAGGCAGAGAAGAAGUCAGCCACAGAAAAUGGUAAGAAUAAGAAGCCUAAGGAAGCUAAACCAAAGAAAGAGAAUAAACCGAAAGCACCGGCAGUAGAGGAGAAGAUUGAUAUAUCUAGGUUAGAUAUGAGAGUUGGUAAAAUCGUCGGUGUGAAGAAACACCCUGAUGCUGAUAGUCUGUAUGUAGAAGAUGUUGAUAUCGGAGAAGAAAAAAUCCGGACAAUUGUUUCAGGAUUAGUGAAACAUGUUCCUCUUGACCAGAUGCAGGAUCGACUGGCUGUAUUUAUGUGUAAUUUGAAGCCAGCUAAGAUGCGAGGUAUUCUAUCAGAGGGGAUGAUAAUGUGUGCAAGCUGUCCAGAGAAGGUUGAGAUCCUAGUUCCUCCACCAGGAGUUGUAAUAGGCGACAGAGUUACUGUUAAAGACUUCCCUGGGCAGCCUGAUAUUCAGUUAAAUCCCAAGAAGAAAAUCUGGGAAACUUUAAAACCAGAUGUACGAACCAACCAACAACGAGUGGCAACGUAUAAAGGUUCUCCAUUUACUAUCGAGGGGAAAGGGGAAGUAACUGCACCAACUUUAGCAGAUACUCAGAUUUCUUGA